GCUUCAGACCUCACAUGCCCCCCUACAAGUAUUGACUUAUAGUUAUACUGCACAUUCAUUGGUCAUAUGAGAUCUCUAUACCUAGUUACUCCUCAUGUCUUUGUUAUUCUAUGUCUCUCGGCGGUCUCUGUCGCGUCAACUCUUCCGUGACACAAACUUGGCCGCUCAUAGACGCAACUCCAACUUCAUACCCCGGAUAUAUCUACCUAUCAUGACUUCUCGAAGCCAAUCUUCCUCAGCGAACAAGCCUCAACCUUCAGAGCCACGGCCAAGUUCAUCAGUUCUCUUAGUCUCGCCUGUCAAUGAGGUUUUACUCCUUCACCGUGUACACACCUCUACAUCAUUCGCCUCGGCGCAUGUUUUCCCUGGUGGAAAUCUAGAUCCUUAUCAUGAUGGCAUCAUACCCGCUGAAGACUCGCCAGAGAGACAUCAUGAUGGACAAGCGUACAGGAUUGGUGCUAUCAGAGAGACUUUUGAAGAGACUGGUAUCUUAUUGGCCAAGAAAGACAACGGGCUGGUAAACUUGACAGUCGAAGAGAGAGACACUGCAAGGAAAAUGAUACACGGAAACCAAGUCAAGUUUCUCGAGUGGCUAAAGUCAGUAGGCGCCGAGCCAGACUUGGAUGGCCUCAUCCCUUUUACGCGCUGGAUCACACCCGCCACCAACACAAAACGCUUCACUACACAGAUGUAUCUGUACAUGCUACCACAGUCGCAGAGUGACAUGCCCUCGGAGAUGCUAAUCCCAACACCAGACAAUGGCAUUGAACACACAGCAGCCCUCUUUGCGCCUGCACAAUCAUUCCUCGCCCGUGCCGCCACAAACAGCAUCAUCCUGUUCCCUCCGCAAUACUUCCUCCUAAGUUUAGUUGCCAGAGUCUUCCAGAACUCAAAAGCAUCAUCAGAUGGACAGGGCCCCCUACAAAUCACAGCACAGAGAGAAAACUUGCUUUCUUUUCUAAACCGAGUGCCUACAGCAGAGACAGAAAAGGGACAAGCACACAAGACAGCAAUGAUUCCAUGGAGCGAGAAGGUCAUGAGUCCUCAUAAUCUUUUUAUUAGACAACAAGACAAGAGAAUUGUUCUUGGAUUAGACAAACCGGGACCGGAACUCAGGGGCUCUGAGAGAGGUGGUGAUUGGGAACACGUGGUCCUUGUUAACUUUGGUAAUGGAGGACCAACUAAUGUUGAAGUGAGGCGAAGAGAAGAUGCUUUAGAAGAGGAGAGAAAGGUUAAAGCUGAUGGUGAGAAACUCUGAGUUUUCAUAGACAUAGAGACUGUCGAAUGAUAUCGAGGUUGAGAUUUGCAUUUACGAUUGAUCCACAUAACAUGAUUAAAGUUGCAUAAGUCAGUAUAUCAUAGGGAAAGGACGAUGAG